CCUGCCCCCUCCCCCGGUGCAAUGGAAGUCCCCGGGAAUCCUCCUCCUCCCCGCUAACAGGCGGCGGCCCGGCCCGGUGCAAAAUGCUGGGCAUGUACGUGCCGGACAGGUUUGCCCUGAAGUCGUCCAAAGUGCAGGACGGGAUGGGGCUCUACACGGCCCGCAAAGUGAAGAAGGGUGAAAAAUUUGGCCCCUUUGCAGGGGAGAAACGAAUGCCUCAGGAACUGGAUGAGAACACAGAUUGCAGGCUCAUGUGGGAGGUUCGUGGCAGUAAAGGUGAAGUCCUUUAUAUCCUGGAUGCAAGCAAUCCACGCCAUUCUAACUGGCUGCGUUUUGUCCAUGAAGCUCCAUCACAGGAACAAAAGAAUCUGGCUGCAAUCCAGGAUUUUCCAGCAGAUCCCUGAGAAAAUGAUUAAAAAGAAGUUUAUUCUGAAGCCAAUCAGAAAUAUUUUUAGAUACCUUUAUUUGCUGAGAAACAAAUGAAGUAAAACAAGAAAAAUGUUUAAUAAUAAUAAUAAUAAAAGAUUAGUUAAGUUUCAGGAUGUAGUUUUGUGAAAGGUGCACACUGAUGGCACUCCAAUUUUUGUGCUGAAGAUCUGAUGCUUCCUUGAAUAUCAUGUUCUCUAGAGGGGCUCUUGUCUUGUUUGGUUUU